AAGAUCACUAGCCAAGCGUGCAAAUUACGAACUACGUACAUGUAUAUAAGGGGAUGAUUGGUUCGGUUACUCAUAGCGGGACAAUUUGAAUCGCCUCCCUGCUGAAAGAUGAAGUUUACUAAGGUUGAAUACCUGGUUUUACUCGUGGCCAUGUGCCUCGUUGUCAAAAGCGAAGCUAGGUUUCGACGGAUCGAUGAUGGCGCCGGGAAGAAGCCAUUUGGAGUCUCCGAAAGUGAAGCUGCACCGUCUGGGGGAAGGGUAACUGACGGCCGGUGUGCAGGUGGUGCGAGUGUUGCAUCAGCUAGCAUCGGAGAAGAUGGCACUGAUUUAGAUACUGGAAAACCACCAGAGGGCGGCAGAAAAAAGAGACAACUUCCUGGGGGAGCGGGCCAAUCACAUUGCCCAGAGGUAUGCUACUGGAUACGCCCAAACUGGAUCUGGUCGAUAAAACAUAAUACUUGGUUCAGAGUAGUACAGUUUCCUUGGUUCCAGCAAUGGCUCAGGCCCUGCUACUGUUGGCCCCUAAACAGAUGGUGCCAGCAUUACUCACCAAACUUUGGGAACAUUGCCUUGUGUGCCAAGUGCACUACAGAAUGGGGAUGGAAAAAGAUUCAGAUCUGGUUUCGAUGCCAAAGAAGAUGGGUGUGGGUGCAGAUACCUGUUGGCUGUUGCUGUGGCCUAAUGGGUCUUCACCCAUGCCCAGCUUUACCCCCGCCCCGACCCGUAUUUCCGUGGUAACCAUAAACAAGGAAGAGGACACACGGCGGAUUGUAAAUUCAUCUGCAGACACCGAUUUGAUCGCCUGAAUUACAAGUAGAACCUUAAACUUAUCCGACAGUGGUAUUAAAGUAUAGAAAUUAAUGAUAACAAAGAUUAGAUAGAAGUUGGAUUCAUACCACUCGAACGACUGGUAGGAAAUCUUACACACCAUACUAAAAUGAAAAACAUUCAAUUACACAAGUUAUGCCUCUCUUGCUAGAAAUUUAACAGAUGUGUGCAUUUUUAAAUUCUGUUUACGUCACUGAAUAUACAUACGGAAUAAUGAGAAUAGAAUUGUAAUUAGAGUGAGAACAUCGCUUUGCUUAAUAA